AUUGGCCGCCGUUAUUUUCGGGGGCGUGGCUACGCGUGGAAUGCUGAGACUGAGCGUCCAAGAACCGGACGGUCCUGCUUCGGAGGCGGCCUGUUGAUUGGCUCGUGACACUUACGGAAAGCGGGGAGAAUGGAAUGUUGGGGACUCUGAGCGUUCCAGAGAUACUUUGCUGUUAUUGUUGUUGUUUCAUUCAUUUUUUACUCAGCCGCGGAUGCAAAAAGGGAAAGAAAGAAGAAAGUAGGCUGAGAUUUUACAGGCGCAGGUCUGUACUCGCCUACUCAGAAGUAGGUUCCAUUAAAUUCAAUGGGACUUGCUUCCAGGGAAGGGUAGCGUUGCAGCCUCAACCUAGAGCCUUCUGCGGGGGCCCUUCUGGAUUAAAAAGGAGGGAAAUCUUUGGAAUUGCACUUUCUGCUGCGAGAGGAUCCCUUGAAGGCGGAAUCCCAGGAGUCGCUUGGCGGGAUCGACGGACCCGGGGACCCGGUUGGGACAGGAACCAGGAAAAGUCACGAGGAGGUGACCUGUCAAGAUGGUAGACCAUCUGGCCAACACUGAGAUCAACAGCCAACGCAUUGCGACUGUGGAAAGCUGCUUUGGAGCAUCCGGCCAGCCGUUGGCCAUACCUGGAAGGGUCCUCUUGGGCGAAGGGAUUUUGACCAAAGAAUGCCGGAAGAAAGCCAAACCGCGGAUAUUCUUCCUGUUCAACGACAUCCUUGUGUAUGGAAGCAUUGUGAUCAACAGGAGGAAGUACAGCUCCCAGCACAUCAUACCGCUUGACGAAGUCACCCUGGAGACUUUGCCGGAUACCCUGCAGAUGAAGAACCGUUGGAUGAUCAAAACAGCCAAGAAGUCCUUCGUCGUUUCCGCCGCCUCCCUGACCGAGAGGAAAGAAUGGAUCAGCCACUUGGAGGAAUGCAUCCGCCACUUGCUGUCUAAGAUGGGCCAGCAGCCCCCCACGGAACAUGCCGCCCCCUGGAUCCCGGACAAGGCCACCGACAUCUGCAUGCGCUGCACGCAAACCAAGUUCUCCACUCUCACGCGCAGGCACCACUGUCGGAAGUGUGGCUUUGUGGUGUGCGGAGACUGCUCUCGGCAAAGGUUCCUGAUGCCCCGGCUGUCCCCGAAGCCUUUAAGGGUGUGCAACCUUUGCUACAAACAGCUGGUGGCAGCGAAAAAGGAGAGCGAGGACCAGUCGAAGAUGGUCCAUUCUCCUCUGGCUGGCUAUGAGCCUUCCAGCGGAGAUGACAGCGACAGAUCUGACGAGGACAGAGUGGAACAGUGGUCAGCGGAGGCAGAGUUUUACACGUCCGACACAGCUUGGUCAUCUUUCCAUAGCUGACCCCUGCAUGGCCUUGUUAAUUUCAGGGGCCGCAUGCUUAUUUCCGAGGAGUACAGGGAACACACAGUAUCCAAAGUGCACUUUUCAGAGGAGUAGCUUUCAUUGUGUCUUUUGGUCCCAUGUGUUUUCCUCCUCUGUGGUUAAGGAAGAAGAUACUGUACUGAAUCAAACUAAAAUAUGCAAGAGCCUAUUUGAAGCAGUAUCGUUCCGCUUCAAGUAGUCAUGGCUAUGGGGAAGGGCUGUAGCUCAGUGGUAGAGUAUCUGCCUUGCAUGCUGAAGGUCCCAGGUUCAAUCCCCAGUAGCAUCUCCAUCUAGGGCUAGGAGAGACUCCU